GCGCAGAGCGGCCUGGGAACCGCUCCAUCUCCACCCCUUGCAUAUAAAUAGGGCCUCGGUGGCCCGGCCGGGGAAGCCGCUGCCCUUGUUCUGGGACUGAAGUGGGAGAGUACGCAGAAGUGAGUGCUGAGGUCAGAGAUGGAUCCUGCUGGCGUGACCCUGAGGGCUGCUGUCCUCUGCCUCGUGGCCUGGGCCGGCCUGGCCGCCGGGGACCGGGUGUACAUACACCCCUUCCACCUCCUCGUCUACAGCAAGAGCAGCUGUGAGCAGCUGGAGAAAUCCAACGCAGAGACACUGAAAGAGCCGACCUUCGCUCCCGCUCCGAUUCAGGCCAAGACGGCCCCGGUGGACGAGGAAGCCCUGCGCCAGCAGCUGGUGCUGGCCGCCGAGAGGCUGGGGGCCGAAGACAAGCUGAGGGCCACGACGGUCGGGAUGCUGGCCAACUUCCUGGGCUUCCGCAUGUACAAGAUGCUGGGCGAGUCGGGGAGCGCUGCUGGCGGGGCCGUCCUGCUCUCCCCGACGGCUCUCUUCGGCACCCUGGCCUCUUUCUACCUGGGCGCCUUGGACCCCACAGCCCAUAAGCUCCAGGCGCUCCUGGGCGUCCCUGGGGAGGACCGGGGCUGCACCUCCCGGCUGGACGGGCACAAGGUCCUCUCCGCCCUGCAGGCCAUCCAGGGCCUGCUGGUCGCCCAGGGUGGGGCGGACGGCCAGGCCCGGCUGCUGCUGUCCACGGUGGUGGGCCUGUUCACCGACCCCGGCGUGCGCCUGAAGCAGCCGUUCGUGCAGGGGCUGGCUCUCUUUGCCCCCGUUGUGCUCCCACGCUCUCUGGACCUCUCCACGGACCCCGAGCUCGCCGCUGAGAAAAUGGGCAGGUUCAUGCAGGCUGUGACGGGGUGGAAGAUGGGCAGCCCGACGGGAGUCACAGCAGACAGCACCCUGCAGUUCAACACCCACGUCCACUUUCGAGGGAAGAUGAAGGGCUUCUCCCUGCUGCCCGAGCUCCAGGAGUUCUGGGUGGACAACAGCACCUCGGUGUCUGUCCCCAUGCUCUCCGCCACGGGCAACUUCCAGCACUGGAGCGACGCCCAGAACAACUUCUCGGUGACGCGCGUGCCCUUCGGCGAGAGCGCCUGCCUGCUGCUGGUCCAGCCCCACUGCAGCUCCGACCUGGACAGGGUCGAGGCCCUCGCCUUCCAGCACGACUUCUCCGGCUGGAUGAAGAACCUGUCCCCCCGGGCCAUGCGCGUGACCGUGCCCCAGCUGGUGCUGCGAGGCUCCUACGACCUGCAGGACCUGCUCGCCCAGGCCAAGCUGCCCACCCUGCUGGGUGCCAAGGCGAACCUGGGCAGAAUCAGCGCUGCCGACAUCAGGGUGGGAAAGGUGGAGAACAGUGUUCUUUUUGAACUCCAAGCGGACGACGGAGAGCAGCCCACAGAGCCUGCCCAGCAGCCCGGCGGGCCCGAGGCCUCGGAGGUGACCCUGAGCAGCCCAUUCCUGUUUGCCGUGUACGAGCGCGACUCCGCCGCCCUGCACUUCCUGGGCCGUGUGACCAACCCACUGAGCGUGGCGUGAGGCCAGCCCCGGGAGGGAGGGCCCCGCAAGGCCUCUGUCCUUGGCCGCUGGGACGAAGGCCAGCAGUGGACAGCAACCCUGGGCACAAUCAGCGAUCUGUCCAGUCUCCCACCUUUUCUUCUAGCGAGUCCAGGCCGAGCUGGAAAGUAGCCCCUUGGUGGGGUGACGGUGGUGCCGUGUUGAGCGAGAGGAGAAACCUGGCGGCACAAACAGCCUCCUGGGUUGUUGGGUUCAUUUUGGAGGAUGGGGGUGGGGAUCCGGGAACUGGUGUUUCGCACAGGACUGUUGUUCCGGAAGGAAUUUGGACAAACCAAUGUGUUUGUGAAACCAAAAAGUGUUCCCUUUUUAGCUGAGAAGAGAGAUUGGGUUUUAAUAUUAAAACGUACAUUUUUUUUUCAUUUCCUUGGUUUAUAUUUAGCUCGAUGAAUAUGAGACUAUGACCUUCGCGCAGUGUCCACAAUACUUUAGUUUUUUUUUUUUUCAUAGAUAGUUGUGAUUUUUCAACAACAAAUUACGAAAGACGCAAACGUCUGAAUUUAUGUUAGAACGUGAAACCGUGGCUGGUUAUCCCUCCUUUGUGUUAGUAAUAAAUGUUUUGCAACAAUAA